ACGAGACUUGACAAUUAUGAUGCGCCUGACGUCGCCAACAUCGCUAUCAGCAAUGGUCUUUAUGAGGAAGCUUUUGCAAUCUUCAAAAAAUUCGAAGUAAACACAUCUGCUAUUCAGGUUCUCAUUGAUCAAGUAAAGAACCUAGAUCGCGCUUAUGAAUUUGCCGAACGUUGUAACGAACCGGCUGUCUGGAGCUUGCUAGCCCAGGCACAAUUACGAGAUGGCUUCAUCAAAGAGGCCAUUGAUUCAUAUAUACGCGCCUCGGACCCCAGUCGCUUUCUAGAUGUAUGCAAGAUCGCCUCAGAUACUGACAACUGGGAAGAUUUAGUUCGUUACUUACAAAUGGCUCGGAAGAGGACCCGUGAGGCAUUUAUUGAAUCAGAAUUGGCAUUUUCUUAUUCGAAAACGAAUCGUUUAGCUGAUUUAGAAGAAUUUAUUUCCGGUCCGAAUCACGCAAAUCUCACUCAGGUAGCUGAGCGUUGUUUCGAUGCCAAGAUGUACGAGGCAGCUAAGAUUCUAUUUAACAAUGUCAGCAACUUCUCCCGCCUAGCAAUAACUCUGGUGCAUUUGGGAGAAUAUCAGGGAGCUGUUGAUGCCUCACGAAAAGCCAACUCAACACGCACAUGGAAGGAAGUUUGUUUUGCUUGUGUUGAUCACAAAGAAUUCAGACUAGCACAGAUGUGCGGCUUGCAUAUUGUGGUUCACGCUGAUGAGCUUGAAGAAUUAAUCAUAUAUUACACACAAAGAGGUCACUUCGAAGAACUUAUUCAGCUUUUGGAGGCCGGCCUUGGUCUCGAGAGGGCUCAUAUGGGCAUGUUUACAGAACUAGCAAUUCUUUAUUCGAAGUUCAAGCCGGAUAGAAUGCGUGAGCAUCUCGAGCUUUUUUGGUCUCGCGUCAACAUUCCAAAGGUACUAAGGGCAGCUGAGCAGGCUCAUCUCUGGUCAGAGCUUGUUUUUCUAUACGACAAGUAUGAGGAAUACGAUAACGCCAUUCUGACCAUGAUGAAGCAUCCAAGCGAGGCAUGGCGUGAAAAUCAUUUUAAAGACAUCAUUACAAAGGUCGCCAACGUUGAACUCUACUACAAAGCCAUUCAAUUCUAUCUUACUUAUAAGCCUCUUUUACUUAACGAUUUGAUGAAUGUUCUUAUACCUCGAUUGGAUCAUACUCGAACAGCAAACUUCUUCACGAAGCAGGGACAUAUUGCUUUGGUAAAGCCAUACCUCCGUUUUGUACAAGAUAAUAAUGCCAAUAACAAGUCGGUCAACGAGGCACUUAAUUCUCUUCUUAUGGAGGAGGAAGAUUUCCAGGUAAUUUUUUGA